AUGUCGACAACUACUUUACGGGCUGUCACCCAUCGAUUGACUACAACUCCCGUGGAACAAUUACCCGCUAUAGCUUCAUUCCUUGCGACUUCCUUGACUGAUUGCGCAGAGCUUCUCUCCGCUCCUCAAGUAGCAAAAAGCGGAAAAGCGGAGUCCGAUAAUACUGUGCAGAUUCACAAGCUGAAGACCCGCCUGGCCAGUUUGUUGCAGGAUCGCAGUAUCGAGGGACGAUGGACUGCCGUCGUACUUGUCAAGGCCACCGUUGAGGCGGGCCAGUGGGAAAUCCUCCGGGGUUAUGAGCCAAUUGUUCGCAGCUUGAUUGGUAUUUUGGCGAAACCCGAUCCGAUCUCGACUCGAAAGAUGUCUAUGAUUACUUUGACUCGCAUCUUCCAUCUGACCUAUCAAUACCCCACAUUGGUACGGGAGAUCACCACCCCUCAUCUUCCGGGAUUCAUCACCGCUGCCCUUAACUUGGUUUCGACACUGGUCAAGUCUCCCUCGGGAUCGACCCGCAAGCCCAAGCCCAACACCCCGUUCAUGGAGACUGUACUCCAGGUUUGCUUGGAACUGGUCCCCCGCCACCCUACCAUCUUCCGUCCGUUCGCUUCACAACUCCGAUCGUUGCUAACAGAGAUUCUGGGAUCCUCUUCGGUAUACUACCCAGACUCGGUUAUGGAUAUUGCGGAACAGCUGUUUGCCUCGUUGCAUAAAUGUGCACCCAAGGAUAAGGCUGGAGCGGGCUGGACUGAUGAUUGCAGGUCAACAGUUUUGUCCAUUCAUCGCGCUGCGGAUUAUGUCUUCCGCGCCGUGAAAGAACAGUGGGAAUCGGUGGAUGGCUCAUUGGUUUUUACCAGACAGAAGUAUAGUGAGGAACUGACCGAUGAUGGAUCCGAUGCCCUGGGACUUCCAGGUUGGAAUGGAAUUCAUGCCGGAGCCGACAGGAUUAUCACCCUUUUGCGCAUUUUGUCCAACUUCGUUGCUAUGCCAUCCGCAUCCGCCGUCGCCCUCCCACUUGGCUCUAUUCUCGAUAUCACCUCGCGACUCACCUCCGUGACUGCCCCUUCAACUGAAGGAACCCAGUCAGCUAUCCAGGCGAACCCCCAAAUUGGCCGCGAUGAGCGAGAGAUGCUGUGGUCUGAGCUGCCUCGCAUCCAUGUUACCUGCAUGGAUUUGCUCGCUCGUGUGGCCAGCGUUCUGGAAACCAGUACUACAUCUGUCAUGCAUAACAUGCUGGAACAAAUCACUUGGGUCUUCCGGAACGAAAAGGCCAGCCGGAACGUGCGUGUGGCUUCUUAUGAGUUGCUCCGCGAUUUGAUUACUCUCAAUGGCCCAGCUAUGACAAAGCAGAAUGUGGCAUCCCUUGUCAAUGUCCUGCGCGCCUGUUGCCACGACUUGUUGCCUGUCUCUAAUGACUCCAACUCCCAAUCCAAGUCCCAGACCGACAGCAAAUCUAAGACCAAGAAUGGGCAAGGAACUACAAAUGCAGACUCUUUCUUGAACCCUGAUCUUCAGAAGAAUCGCAUAUCACAGGCCUCUUCCCAGUCUCCCGAACUCGAGAAUGCCGCUUCUGCUCUUCUCCAGGCUGUACUCUUGUCAACUCCAGCAGAACUCCUCCCCGGAUCAAUUCGCACUGAAAUCGACCGUACCAUCAUCCUUGUUUCUGACAAGGAUGCCAUGCUUGCUAGCGUUUUGAACCCACUCCCAGCGAUCAAGGGCCGUGCUGCGGGUGCCAGUAUUCUACCUUUCUUGGUUCGCAGCCAUGCGGACCAGAUGGAGGUCGAGGCUCUGGUGCGUCCCAGGAUGCCCGUGCUGAUGACUGCACCAGAACUCGACGCAUAUGCAGAGGCAGAAGAGCAAGAAGAGGCCGAUGAAAUGGCCGAUGACUCGUAUGAAGCUGCCCCUGAAACCACCGACUUCUUGAAGGCCCCAGUCCCCGCACCUUCUGCGACAAAAUCGGAGACUGCGGAUCAACCCUCAGUGCACAAGCGGACUUAUAUUGAGGAGUCUACAAUUCAGACACCCAGCCUGACAGCUUCGUCUACCCAGGAGACCGUGCAGAAGAAGGCCCGAUUCGGAGAGUCAUCUUCGUCGGAACAAGCUCCUCGGGUUUCUGCUUUUGUAUCUCAUCCAGCUCAGAAAUCGAGUUUGGAGAAGCAGGCUCAGCCUAACUCCCAGGUAUCAGCUGCCCCAGUCGUGCCUGUGGCUGAGGACGAAAGCGACGAUGAGUUGCCUACCGUGAACAUGGAUUCUGAUACUGAGAGCGAAGACGACGAAGAUGUGACAAUGGAGGGAUAG